AUGCCUCCCAAGUCCGGUAAGAAGGUCGCCGCCAUGCCCUACCCCCAGGGUAAGGCUGGUGCUAGCAAGAAGGGCCCCAAGAACCCUCUCAUCGAGAAGCGCCCCCGCAACUUCGGUAUCGGCCAGGACAUUCAGCCUAAGCGCAACUUGUCCCGCUUCGUCAAGUGGCCCGAGUACGUCCGUCUGCAGCGUCAGAAGAAGAUCUUGAACCUCCGUCUCAAGGUUCCCCCUUCGAUCGCCCAGUUCCAGAACACACUGGACCGCAACACCGCUGCCCAGACCUUCAAGUUCCUCAACAAGUACCGCCCUGAGACCAAGGCCGAGAAGAAGGAGCGUCUCCAGCGUGAGGCCACCGCCAUCACCGAGGGCAAGAAGAAGGAGGACGUCAGCAAGAAGCCCUACAAUGUCAAGUACGGUCUCAACCACGUUGUUGGUCUCGUUGAGAACAAGAAGGCUUCUCUUGUCCUCAUCGCCCACGACGUUGACCCCAUUGAGUUGGUUGUCUUCCUUCCCGCCCUCUGCCGCAAGAUGGGUGUCCCUUACGCCAUCGUAAAGGGCAAGGCCCGUCUGGGAACUGUUGUCCACAAGAAGACCGCUGCUGUCCUUGCUCUGACUGAGACCCGUGACGAGGACAAGGCUGAGCUCUCCAAGCUCCUCUCCGCCAUCAAGGAGGGCUACACCGACAAGUACGAGGAGUCUCGCCGCCACUGGGGUGGUGGUAUCCUCGGUGCCAAGUCCGUUGCCCGCACUGAGAAGAAGCGCAAGGCCCUCGAGGCCUCUAUCAAGGUCUAA